AUGUCUAACUCAGUGGAACAACAAUUUGGCGAAUUGAGCCUUUCACAGGAAGAUCAUGACCAAAUCUUCGAACAGGAGGAUCAUCAGGAUCAAAGCCGAUCAAGGAUUCUCAUCAGUGGGCUCCCUCUGCAUGCUCGCUUCGACACCAUCGAGCCACUGCUCUCACAGUAUGGCAACGUGCAGCAUUGCGACAAAGCAAACUCGCGCGAACCCAACACCCAAGCGGUGUUCAUCACAUUCGAGACCCCGGAACAAGCGCAGCUGGCCAUCAAUGGACUAAAUGGAUGCGAGGUGGAAGGGAGUCGUAUGAAAGUGGAGGCGGCGGAUGGGAUGGCGCGCGGUGGCAGGCGUGGGCGACCGGGUGGCGGCCGCGGCGGUGGCGGCGCACCGGGCACCGGGGCUCGCCCUACGGACUUUCCACUGCGCUUGCUUGUUCAGAGCGAUAUGGUGGGCGCUAUCAUAGGCCGGCAAGGCAGCACCAUUCGUCUCAUAACACAGCAGAGCCGCGCCCGUGUCGAUGUGCACCGUAAGGAUAAUGUGGGCUCACUCGAAAAAGCCAUCACCAUCUAUGGCAAUCCAGAUAACUGUACUAAUGCCUGUAAGCGAAUACUGGAAGUGAUGCAGCAGGAAGCCAACAACACCAAUAAGGGAGAAAUUUGUCUCAAAAUUCUGGCACACAAUAAUUUAAUUGGACGUAUCAUCGGCAAGGGAGGCAAUACUAUAAAAAGAAUUAUGCAAGAAACUGACACUAAGAUUACUGUUUCAUCUAUAAAUGAUAUUAACAGCUUCAAUUUGGAGCGAAUUAUCACUGUCAAGGGAAGCAUUGAAAACAUGGCAAAAGCGGAGUCGCAAAUUUCUGCUAAACUGCGUCAAAGCUAUGAAAAUGAUCUGCAGGUGCUGGCGCCGCAGAGCAUAAUGUUCCCAGGAUUACAUCCUAUGGCAAUGAUGUCGACGGGUCGGGGAUUCUGCGGCGCGCCACCUCCCUUCCCUCCGCCCAUUUAUACGCCGAUGGCAGGCCAAGGCAGCGCGCAGCAGGGCGCCGGUGACUCUCAAGAGACCACUUAUCUAUAUAUCCCCAAUAAUGCAGUUGGUGCCAUUAUUGGCACGAAGGGAUCCCAUAUUCGCAACAUAAUCCGAUUCAGCAACGCCUCAGUGAAAAUUGCGCCUCUCGAACAAGAAAAAGGCGCCGCAGAGGGCGGCACCAGCGCGGGCGCAGGUACUGCUGCUGCUGCGCAACAGGAGCGCAAGGUCACUAUAGUUGGCAGCCCCGAGGCUCAAUGGAAGGCACAAUACUUGAUCUUUGAGAAAAUGCGGGAGGAGGGCUUCAUGUCCGGCUCGGACGACGUGCGGCUGACUGUAGAGAUAGUUGUGGCGUCGUCUCAGGUGGGGCGCAUCAUCGGCAAGGGCGGGCAGAACGUGCGCGAGCUCCAACGCGUCACUGGCUCGCUGAUCAAGCUGCCCGAGCAGCCGCAGCCGCCGGCCGCCGCCGCGCACGACCACGAGACCACCGUGCACAUCGUUGGCCCCUUCUACAGCGUCCAGCGGUCGCCCGAAGCGGGA